AUGCAGGUCAAGUCCGUCCUUCUGGGCGCCGCCCUGGCCCUGGCUACGACGACGACGGCUGAGAACGACAAGCCGAGGAUCUACUUCCCCCGUCAUGUCAAGAGACAGUUCACCAACUCGACCCUUUCGCAACCCGGGACCUUUCCUGCGCCAGAGAGCACGCCCUUCACGUCGCGACCCGAUACGCCGACCUUCAUCACGAGCCUCAGACAGUCUCUCUCGAACGACUUGAUCGAACCGGCCGAAUCCUCUUCUUCCUUGUCCGAGUCCCUGUCUGAGCCCAGCGGCACCACUCAGCGCACCACCGUCGUCAUUUCGAGCACCAUCAGGGUCCCGCCCACAACUGUCCCCGAGGUGCUUGACCCGGUUCAGUCGUCCUCUGAGGAGCCAUCUGCCAAUGACUCGACUGCUCCGCAGCCUUCGCCCUCGUCGUCCGAUCCCGAGACCUCGACUUCUCAGGCGACCACAGAGCCCGAUACAACCACGGCCCCUGGCACAACCACCACCGAGGCCGCGACGACUACUACCGCCGCCGAGACGACAACCCAAGAGACAUCAGUCGAGGCACCCACCACUACUGCCACCCCCACUGCGUCGUCUGAACCCGAACCCACGACCGAAGCCGCAACGACAGCAGUGACGUCGCCCGAGCAGAGCACCGUCGUAGAGUCUGUUUCCUCCGCAGAAGAGUCCGGCACCGGCAUCCUGCCGUCCACCAUUGUGCUCCCCACGAGCAGCAGCACCACGGCCGAGGCCGAGCCCACGACCUCUGCCGCCACGACCGAAGCCCAGACUUCUGCUCAGCCCACGACAUCUGAAACUGUCACAACAUCUUCGGGGAUCGUGAUCGCGCCUACGGGCCUCGUCACUACCAGCUCAAGUGAACCCACGACCUCCACCGACGAGCAGGUGAUCCCCACUGUAACGGACCCUGUUGCGAGUCCAACCGACUCGACCGCUCAAACAACGCCCGCUACCACGACCCCCUUGGAGUCUCAGCUCAACCCCAUCCAGUCGGUCAUCUCCGCUGUGACUAGCAUCCUUUCUGUGCCAACGAAUGCGACUGAGUCUGAGAUCGAGCCCACUCAAACUGCGACUACUGACCUGUCGGGUUCCACUGUCGCUGAGCAGACCACCGACGCGGUGUCUGCCACGACUACGGCCAGUGUUCCCAUCACCACGGAUGUCAGUGAGCCUCCUGUCAGUGCCAACACGACCGUCCCGGACCAGUCAACGCAGCCCCCCGUAUCGUUGACGUCGCUGCCGCCUGUCGAUUCGUCCACCAUCCCCUCUACCUCGAUCUUCCCUGGGUCGUCGGUGAUUCCAUCGGUGUCACCCAGCGCUUCCGGUGAACCUUCGGUGGCUCCCAACACGACAGAGAGCGUUCCGACUGCUAGCGCUUCCAUCCCCAUCACUGAGCCAAGCAGCUCUGUCAACGUGACAUCCAUUCUCGAGUCUAGCAUUGAACCCACUGCCGCGCCUUCCUCCGUGCCGACUAAUUUGCCGACCUCGAGCGUUCUGCCGGACAACACGACCGUUAUUUCUGACGAGCCGUCGGCUGCGCCCACCGUCCCCAGCGUUUCAGCCUCGUAUGAGCCCUCUACGAUCGUUCCCGUGACCAGCCUGGCACCCACCAACACGAUCACGGGUACCGAGAUUUGGCUGCCGUCCACUAUCAUUGUGGAGAAUUCGACGCCGACUCGCGCACCGACGGAUGCUGUCGCACCCACAAGCGCCGUUGCCCUGCCCUCGAACUUGCCCAAGGUUAUCGGCCCUGGCGAUACGGAGAAUGUUGUCCAGCCUGAAGGGACUGUUCUCCUUCAGAUCGGCUUCCUUUACGCCGAGAACUACGAGUUCGUUAGCAAGAACCCGAUGGCGGCUGCUCAGUUGUUCACGCUGUUGCCCACCGCCCUCGCGGAUGGCGCCAAGAUCGACGCCGGCAAGGUCAUCGUCACGAGUCUGGUGCCCUAUGACACCAUGCCGUCGCUUGGCUACAUCACGACUCUCGCCCGGUUCUGGUACCCCGAGUCCAUGGUCGACCAGCUGCGCAUGGACAUCAAGAUUCCAAACUCGCUUCUUUACAACAACCCCCAGCAGCUCAUCUACAAUCUCACCCAGAACAUCAACCCUGCCAUUGACAUCAUUCCUGGUUCCGAAAACAUCCCCGGCGGCAAUGGAGGUGCGCCGACUUCUGGUUCCCCCAACGGAAACAACGACAUGUUCGACAACAACGAGUCGGACUCGACACCCAUUCAGACCGGAACUGCCGCAGCCAUCGGUAUUGGUGCCGUGACGGUUGGUGUAGCUUACGGCGCGGCCAUGUUCCUGAUCGCUCGUCGUUACAAGCGCAAGAAGCAGGCGCACCGCCGUGCCAGCUCCAUCUCCGGCACUUCCUCUGACAUGCGCUACACUGGUACUGGCAGCCCCGCGAUGAUGGGUGGCGCGCUGAUGAGCCGCGACUUUUCCAACUAUGGCGGUGUCGUUGGCGGUCGUGACAGCCACGGCAGCGGGCGGACGGGCAACUCGGGGCGAACGGCCAAGAUUUCGGCACCUGUCGCUGCUGAGAACUCCCUUGGCUGGAAUUGA